UCAGUCCUGGGGUACCAAAAAAAGGGGUGUAGUCACUACAGCAAUGAAAAAUAAAUGAAUUUUAGUAAGAGUGGAAAAUACCUACUGGGUUUGGCGUGGGGUCACCCAUUAGUGCAGCCUUAAUAGGCAUGUGUGUUUGUGUGUGUGAGGUUAUGAUUUAGAAAGCAUGGGGACUGAAAGAAUUGAGUCCACAGUUUUGAAAGCUUGAGAGCAAAAACCCGUCUAGAUUUAAAUUUGACUGUCAUAUCUGUGAUGCUGAGUCUGCUCAGCUGUCAAAGGAAUCCUCUCAUUCAUAAAAUGGGACAAGACCUGCUUUCUAGGGUUGUGAGGUGAGGAUCAAACAACAUACAUUACAUGCAAAGAACACAGAAGGUACUCAAAAAUCAGAUUAAGGUGGAAGGACUGACUUUUUGAAGAGGAGAGGAUUUCUAAGUUAAGCUACAAUCGAGAUGCCCAAAGCAAGAAGGGUCUAUAUAGAGAGGCAGGGUGGUUUGUGGCUUCACAGCUAGUGAAAGCUGCUGUCUAUAGCGCUCACUCCUCAACUCAGAGGCGACCCGGAUAUUGGAGAUGGCUAACACACACUUCCGCCUAAAAAUGCUGUGAAGCACGGCCUGCAGUCGGUGCGGGACUGAGGGUGGGGUGAUUUAGAAUGGGGCGAUGGAGAAUGUGGGUCUGCUCAAACCCGGACCAAGACUCCCUUGACGGGUACUUACCCAAAGUCUCUUGGUGACUCUGGAACCCUCUAGAUUUUCUUAUAUGUGUGCAAGGCUCUGGAGGGAUUUCCCCGCCGCGUGCCCGCAUCCCUACCCCCGGCCACUAGAAGAACCUGCGGAUCCCUGCGCAGCCGCAGCAGCAGCAGCAGCAGCCCACGCUCUCUGCGCACUCUCUCGGGAGCCUGUGUCUCCUAGCAACCGGACGCCAGCUGCGCCAGGGAGUCCAGGCCAUAAUGGAACAGCCGGUCAUCGCCAUCCCCUCCGACACAGUAUUAAAAGAAGACCUGAGGCGUGGAGAUCCGCUAGUCACUGCCUCGAAACCAGUGUGGAAGACUUCAUCUUUUCAAAGAGAAGUUUGGUGGAGAACAACAUUAACAAAUACUCCUAUACCUGGCACUUAUCACUUGAAAACUUUUAUUGAAGAAUCCCUGUUAAAUCCAGUUUCAGCAACCUACAAUUUUAAAAAUGAAGGAAGAAAAAAGCCACCUCUUGUGCAAAGAAAUAAUCCAGUCAUAAAUGAUCUUCCACUCUACAAGCCUCCUGACUUCCUGGACCUGUUAAAGAAGCAAGUGGCCACAUACUCAUUCAAAGACCAGCCCCGACCAAGCCCCAGCACCCUAGUUUACAAAGAUAAGUCACUUCGGCUUUCCCCGGGGCAGUAUGAGGUUCUUCCUGAACCAGUUCCCAAGUACCCUUCCAGGAACUUCGUAUUUCGUUCUGCAGUUCAAAGAUUCCCUACCACCUAUUUCAUUCCUCGUGAAGGCCCAGGACCAGGUCACUAUAACUUGAAAACACCUCCAACAAGUUCUAUUGCUUCUUGUUUUCAAUCCAGGGUACCCCGGCUUUUGCCUAGUUUUUCAAAAACCCCAGGUCCAGGAGCAUAUGCGUCUGCCAGACAGUUCCCAAAGCAGUCCCCAACCAUAGCCAGAAUGGGCAGAGAGCACAGCCUCUUCUUCAACAACACAAUCGGCUUUUAAAAUAAAGCAGUCGUGACACCAAGCUACUUGGAGUUACAGCAAGUGAUUAGGGUUACCAAACUGUACCGUGACUAUGCCUUCGGAGGGUUUGACCAUUGCAGAGCUGGGUCCCAUGGGCUCCACCGCCUUAGUGCUGAGCGACCUCCAGCUCCCCUUGAAGGCUUCCUCGGGUCAUGGGCAUUAAACCAGGGCCACAUGGAGCCUAACAGUGUCCCAAAGGUGGCACUUUUCCUUUUCCAACUCCCUGAAAAGAACAGCAUUGAUUCAACUGAUGAGUACAGUCGUGUGCUAAAUGGUGACGUUCUGGUCAGUGAGACACAAACAGCAGCAGUCGCUGAAGAACACAAUGGAGUGGAAACAUUCUCACUGCCUAGUAACCCGGUGGCCCGAGGCAUGUACUCAAGGGUGCGUGAUGAAGCUGGGUGGACACGCUGCCCACCAGUGCUGGAGCUGCGUGGCACGUACAGGUGUGUAUCGUGCAUGU